CUCGGUAGCGCAGCAUCUAUGACUACUAUCUGGAUCGGGAUUCUUCAGAAUAUAUCGAGCUCUAUAUACAGGCGGCUAUUUACCCGUGGCAAGGCUUCAAUCGAGAAAACUCUUCCUCUCUCGCUCUCCAUUGCUCCGGCAGAAACAUCCAACAACAACCCGGAUAACCGCCAUUCCGAAACGCCACGCUACAUAUGCGGCCAGAUGGUAUCCGCAGACCAUAGAAAUUCCUGCGCAGCACACGGGGAGGACACACAUGCCGAUACAGCAGGUAAGCCAGAGCGUGCGCUCGAUCUCCGUGGGGAACGGCAGGAGCCAUGGAGCCGCAUGCAGGACCCCCGCUGUGAUCAGGAAGAAGAUGCCCAUCAACAUCUCCAUCGAGCCCGGCUUGAGCCAGUGCUUCGACGCGACGGAGGAGUCCGUGCUCGAGGGUUCCGCGAUCGCCAUGUUCACUACAAUGUCGUAGUACGCCUUCGUGAACAUCGCGACGGCACGGUUGCUGGAUGUCCCCUUGUAUGUGAACGUCGUGUCGGAUCGUUCGUACUGUGCGCCAGGGAAAGUUGUCUCUACGGCCGGUGGGAUCGAAGGGUCGGCGGUGGCGGAGAGGGUGAUGGCGAGAGGUUCGCCGGAGGUGAGGUCCUCAGCACCGCAGAGUGUGGUAUUCGAUCUUCGCCCGUCGGGCAGCUCGCCUGGGAAAGGGCUCUCCGGUGCCAGUGGAAUCGAACGGUUCGUGGUAUUGGAGGGUAUGGCGGAGAGAGGUUCGCCUGGAGUGCGAUCUUGAGUACCGUGGAGUGUUGCGUCAGAUGUUCGGCGAUGAAGCUGGUUGGUGGGGAGUGGGCGGUUGGGGGGUGUUGGGAUGUAACGAUUUCGGAGGGUGAUCUCGAAAUCGAGAGGCUGCAGGUAAGACAUCGACCGAGCACCUCCUGUGCACGCGGUGAGGUGAGGAUUUCGAGGGGGCGGCGAUUGCAGAAAAUGAGCCAAGUGAUCAGGCGUGCCAGCGCAGACGAACAAUCGUAGUGUAUCCUAGACUUCACAUUCACUUCCC